UAGGGAAGAAUGGCCUCAAGAAAUGGUUCUUCAGUGACUGAGUUUAUCCUCUUGGGUUUAACACAACAGCCAGAACUCCAGCUGCCUCUCUUCUUCAUUUUCUUGGGAAUCUAUGUGGUCACUGUGUUGGGGAACAUUGGUUUGCUUGUUCUGAUUGGUCUGAACCCUCAUCUGCACACUCCUAUGUACUACUUUCUCUUCAACCUUUCCUUCAUUGACCUCUGCUUUUCCUCUGUCAUUAUUCCCAAGAUGCUGAUUAGUUUUAUAGAACAGAACACCAUUUUGUAUGAAGCGUGCAUGGCUCAGCUCUUUUUCUUUGCUUUCUUUGUUAUUGAUGAGUGCUGCAUUUUGACAUCAAUGGCCUAUGACCGCUAUGUGGCCAUCUGUAAGCCCUUGCUUUACAGGGUCACCAUGUCCCGUCAGGUGUGUCUCAUGCUGACAGCAGGUACUUAUGCAAUGGGGGUUGUGGGCGCUGUGGCCCACACUGUCUGCAUGCUGAGAGUUACCUUCUGUGAGAGUAACAUCAUCAACCAUUACAUGUGUGACAUCCCUCCUCUGCUCCAGCUGUCCUGCACCAGCACCUCCAUCAAUGAGCUGGUGGUUUUCAUUGUGGUCGGUGUUAAUGUCAUAGUGCCCAGUGUCACCAUCUCCAUGUCUUACACCUUGAUCAUCUCCAACAUCCUCCACAUCCAUUCCAGGGAGGGCAGGGCCAAAGCUUUCAGCACCUGCAGCUCCCACAUAGUUGCAGUUUCUCUCUUCUUUGGGUCAUCAGCAUUCAUGUAUCUUAAACCUUCUUCUGGUUCUCUGGACCAAGAUAAAAUAACCACAGUCUUUUAUACCAUUGUGGGCCCAAUGAUGAAUCCUUUUAUCUAUAGUUUGAGGAACAAAGAUGUCCAGAUUGCAGUGAAUAAGACUUUGAAAAAAGGUUGUUCUCCUACAUUGUGUUAG